AUGACAAACGCAUCGUCGCUCGGCAACCGGGCAGCGACGGCGUGGCGGGCUGGCCUGGGCGAGGCGUCCAGCUCGUCCGCUUGGCUGAGCAGCGACUGGCUCGUAUCUCGCAAGGCCAUCCCGCUGUACGUCCUCCUGGGCAUCUGGCUGGUGCAGCGUCUUCCAUCGCUUCUCGAACGCUUCUUCACGCCCCGCACCACUUGCGGCACAGCAGCGUGGGUGGUGCCUGCCGAGACGCGCCAUGCGCGCUUCUUGCCCAUCGAGUCCAAACACGCCUUCCGCUACAACACGCUCUAUCUCGCUCUCCGGCUCGAUCAGCUCGAGACGCGCAAGCUCGAUACCGGCCAUGCGUUCGCCUGGAAGGGAGCCGUGCUCGAGCCCGAGUUUGUCGACCAUGCCGCGCUCGCCGAUCGUCGUGGCGUCACUCCUGCGCGCCGCUCGCACGACGCCGCCCCGCACACCGACACAGCAGAUGCGGUCGACCAAAAGACAGACUGGAAGGCCAAGAUGCGUGCAGCUGAGCGCAUCGAACGACGAAGGCUCGAGGAGAAGCGCGCUCGCAAUGACCGGUACACUUGGUCGCUCACCGGCCUCCGCCCCAGCUCGUACCUGCGCACCCAGAUCCCACUCGCGGCGUCCGCUCCGAACACGCCUGCUGCCGACUCGGAUACGGCCAAAGCAAAAUGGAUCUCUGGCUCGGUGCUGCUCAAGCUCGCGUACGAGCUGCGCGAGCGCGGCUUCCUCUCGGUGGGUCCGCAGGACUCCGAGACCACGGGUGCACACUGGCGCAGUGAGCUCGGCCACAUAUGGACAGUCACCAUGCCGAGCGUCGCAGGCAUCGCGGGCAUCAAUCCGCUCACCGUUCACUACUGCUAUCGGCCGCAUGGUUUCGGAGACGAAACACACGGGUCCUCCUCGGCCGCCACGAACGACAAGCGCGGAGAGUUCUGGUUGGUCGUGUUGGAGGUGCACAACACUUUCAGCGAGCGUCACAUCUACGUGCUCGAGGCCGGCACCAACGAGGACGGCUCCGACACGCAGGACGCCCCAAGCUCCACCACGGCCAAGCGUGGCGGCUACGAUCAUCAGUGGACUUUUCCGCGCUCGUUCCACGUGUCGCCGUUCAACGAUCGCGGCGGCUACUAUCGACUCUUCCUCAAAGAGCCGUUUGCAGCCGACACGGACGCAAGCAGUCCAGCUCAGCCACCGACGUUUGCGCUUGGUAUCCGCCUGCUCCUCCUCGUCGAGCAAGAAACCACCGCGGGCGAGGUUGAUGGACAACGCUCCCCGCGGCUCGUCAAGAAGCUCAUGGCCACGCUCGACUCGAUCGCACCCCCACCUGCAAGCGCCAAAGGCAGUUCUGCAGCGACACAGCCGGGCCGAUGUGUGCGCCCGCUGUCGUCUGCUACGCUGUAUGCGGCACUGCUGCGACAGCCAGUCGACCUGUUGCUCACCUUCGCCAGGAUCCUUUGGCAGGCAGGCAAGCUGCACUUUGCCAAGCGGCUGGAUGCGUUUGGUAGGCCCGAUAUGGUGCAGCUCUCCGAGGCUGUUGGUGUCGACGCCGAUGCGUACGAUGGCAUCGGUCUGCCUCCGCCGCACAACCGCAUUGAGCCGCACCGCAGUUCCAACGGCGGCAGCGACGCGAGUGCGGGACUGGUGUAUCCCGAGCCGGGCUGGGCAGAGACGGUGGCCAAGGAGUACGUACAUGCGCUCGUUCAGCGGCGCGUGCACGAGCUCGAGCAGCAGGGCGAGGCUUGGAGCGUGACGAUCAAAUCGACCGAUCCGGCGGAUCCGGGCAUUGCUGUAGCGUCGUCCCAACCAGGAUGCACACCGCACAGGCUCGAGCUCUCGACGCGCUCGUACGGCGUGUAUGUGGAUCUGAUGCUGUACACGCCCUCGCGACUCGCGCUGUUGGUCGGCAGCAUCGCAGGCCGCCGGUGGGGCGUCAGCUCCAUCGACGCCUUCGACGCCUUCUUCGCAGCCGCACAGCCGCUGGAUUUGCAGGGUGUACGCGCGCGACACUUGAAGUUCAUGCUGGAUUCGCAUCGGGCCGCAUCGCGCGAGGAUGGCGAGCAGACACUGCAGACGCUGCGCGCGUUUGGCAUCACCACCGCGGCAGCCGGUACGGCGGAGGCGCAGCCGUGGAGGGUGCGUGUAGCGAUUGCCUCGAGCCACUUUGCGGCCGUGGCGGAGAAGAAGGCGUUUGCACUGCUCGGCGCGCGCUAUGUGGCGGGCACCGAACCCUGGCUCGAGCUCUCGCGUGGAGUAGCCUACGUUGCCGCGCGCGAGACGAGUCGAGAUGCACCGGUGGACAAGCCCAGUUGGGAUACGCGCCUGGGCAGUGUACGUCGUACCUGA